CCUCCCCACCCCCUCCCAGACCCGACUCAGCCCAGGGGAAAAGACGUAAGAAGUCCACCGACGAGGGUCCGCCAAGUAGUUCUCUAGAAAUGACAACAAAGAACAUAGCUCCCUCAAGUCCAGAGGCCACAGACCUACCCAGUAAAAGUCAUGCAGACGAUAAAGAUAAAGAAAAGGCCCCUACAGAUGAUUGCGUUAAAACACAUAAGCCAGAGAAGGAAGUAGAAAAACCCUUGACUAAAGGCUCAGCUCCUACGGCUGUUGAGGAGAAAGAUAAAACUGUAUCCACAAGAGACAACAGUGGAGAAGUAGAACCAAUAGGAGAUAAAAUAAAAGUCAUUGAUCACGACACUCAAGACAGAAGCGUAGCACUGCCAAAAGACAAGUCUACAGCAAGCGUAGUUGAAACAGAAAACACAACAGCAGGAAAAACAGGCAAAACUGUAGCUUCUGCAUCAGAUACAAGUGCUAAAGCAAGUGUAGCUUCAAGUGGAGGUGGUAAAGAGACAGUGACAGCCACAGAAAAAGCUGUAGGAGAGACAGAAGAUACCAGCACCAACAAAACGUGUGAGAUAACUGAAUCUAAAGAUACCACUACAGCUGACCACAAAGUCAAAGAAAAAACAGAAACUAAAUCUAAAUCUGUUGAAUCGAAAAAAGAUGAAGACAGUCAAGAGCCCAAAGAAAAGCUCCUAGAGCCAUCAAAGUCUACAGAGGAAGAUGUAGCUAAGACCCUACCUGAAGAAGAUGAAGUCUCUUUGCCUGAUUCCUCUAAAGACACACGUGAAGAUGCCAAGACCCAGUCUGUCACUUCUGAGGAAAAAGCCACUGAUAAACCCAAAGUACAGCCUCCAGUGUCUUCUCCUGUUGAGGAGUAUGAUGACCCCCGCACCCCUCCCACCCCCACACAAGAUGAACAGUUUGAGUACGAGCCACUAAACACAGAGACAGCCUACUCCAUACCUAUAGUCGCCCUGCAGUCUUCAGCAGCUGAGACAUCAGAUGCUGCAGGACCAUCUGCCAAAGAGGAGGAGCCAAGGGAAUACUCAGAAGAUGCAAAGAGUAAGAGGAGUGACUCCCCUGCCAGCCAAUCAUCAUCCAGGUCACAUGGGAAGGAGGAUGAACAGAAGGGGGACAGGAAGAGAGGGGGAAAGACUUCAACUGAAACUAGGUACAGGUAGAAUUCCUCUUACAGUUGGCAGAGGAACUUUUAAAACAUAUUCUUACGAAAUAAAGAGACUAAACU